AUGGGAUAUAACAUGCUUAAUGGUCCAAUGCCUUCAUCUAUUAGUCAAUUAACUAGUUUGACUUCUCUCGAUCUCUCUUUAAAUAUUAUCAGCGGUUCCAUUCCUCCAGAAAUAAGAAAGCCAAAAACUUUGGUUAGCCUAGAUAUGAGAUCAAAUAUGCUUAGUGGUCCAAUCCCUUCAUACAUUGGUCAAUUGACCAAUCUGAUCCUUUUGUAUCUUUCUUCAAAUCAAUUCAAUGGUUCCAUCCCUCCAGUAAUAUGGAAGCUAAAGAAUUUGCGAGAGAUUUCUAUGCCUGAUAACAUGUUUAGUGGUCCAAUCCCUUCAUCUUUUGGUCUAUUGACCAACUUGAUCUUUCUAGAUCUCUCUUCAAAUAGAAUUAGCGGCUCCAUCCCUCAAGAGAUUUGGAAACUAAAGAAUUUGCAAGUGAUUUAUGUGGGUCAUAACAUACUUAGUGGUCCAAUCUCUUCAUUGUUGGGUGAAUUGAUCAAUUUGACAUAUUUAGAUCUUUCUUCAAAUCAACUCGGCGGUUCCAUCCCUCAAGAGAUAAGAGAUUUGACGCACUUGUCUUACUUGGACUUGAGCAGCAACUUCCUCACAGGUCGAAUUCCAUUGUCUCUAGAUCAAUUGACAAAUCUUUACUCUCUUAAUCUGUCUGGAUAUACUGUGUGA